AUGUUUUUCUUCUUCCAUGAGCCAAAGAUCGAAUCAUUGAAGCAAGUCAACAACGAUCGAACCAUUGAAGCAAGUCAGCAACGAUCGAGCAUCGACUCCGGCAACUGGGAUUGCAACUAUCGAUUUCGGCAGCAAUCUUCCUCUUCGUCUCAGGUAAG